ACCCGGCUAUUCCCGGGAGCCGGGUGGGCAUGUCUCCCGCUCCCAGCCCCGCCGAGCGAGGCGGCCGCCGGGUCUGAAGGAGAGCGGGCGAGCCCCGCCGCCUCCCGGCCAUGCGGCCCCUGGGCGCUCCGCUCGCCCUGCUCUGCCAGGUGCUGGGUGCGUGGGCUGCCUGCGCCCUGGCCCCGGACCCCGUGGCAGCCUCUGGGCCGCCGGCGCCCCCGCAGCGCUCCCGCUCGCCGCCGGCCCCGCCGCCCCUCGCCCCCGGCCGGCGGGCGGCCGCGACGCUGCCCGGGCGCGGAGCCCUCGCUGGCGGCGGAGCGGCGGGGCCGGGCGGCAGCUGCGCGCCACGCGGGGCCGCGGGCACCGGGCGACGGCGGGCGCGGAGCAGCGAGCCCGGGGCGGCGGCGGGGAGGGGCGGGCCCCGCUGGCUGCCCCUGAACGGCUCGGCCGGCGGCGAGGGCAGCGCCGGGGGCCGCGGGAACGCCACGGGGCGCCGCGCCCGGCUCCGCAACCCCUUCUACCCUCUGACCGAGGAGUCGUACGGCGCCUACGCCGUCAUGUGCCUCUCCGUGGUGAUCUUCGGCAUCGGCAUCAUGGGCAACAUGGCAGUGAUGUGCAUCGUCUGCCACAACUACUACAUGCGGAGCAUCUCCAACUCCCUGCUGGCCAACCUGGCCUUCUGGGACUUCCUCAUCGUCUUCUUCUGCCUGCCGCUGGUUAUCUUCCAGGAGCUCACCAAGAAGUGGCUUCUAGAAGACUUCUCUUGCAAAAUCGUCCCGUACAUUGAGGUGGCCUCUCUGGGCGUCACCACGUUCACGCUGUGCGCUCUCUGCAUCGACCGCUUCCGAGCCGCCACCAACGUGCAGAUGUACUACGAGAUGAUCGAGAACUGCGCCUCCACCACGGCCAAGCUGGCUGUCAUCUGGGUGGGCGCGCUGCUGCUGGCCCUGCCCGAGGUGGUGCUGCGCCAGCUGGCCACCGAGGAGCCCGAGUACAGCGGCAGCCCCCCGGGCGAGCGCUGCGUGGUGAAGAUCUCCACGGCCCUGCCCGACACCAUCUACGUGCUGGCUCUCACCUACGACGGGGCACGGCUCUGGUGGUACUUCGGCUGCUAUUUCUGUCUGCCCACCCUGUUCACCAUUACCUGCUCCCUGGUGACAGCCAGGAAAAUCAGGAGGGCAGAAAAAGCCUGCACGAGGGGGAACAAGCGACAGAUUCAGCUGGAAAGUCAGAUGAACUGCACAGUGGUGGCUUUGACCAUUUUAUAUGGGUUUUGCAUCAUUCCUGAAAACAUUUGCAACAUUGUGACUGCCUACAUGUCCACAGGAGUCUCUCGACAGACUAUGGACCUCCUCCAUCUCAUUAGUCAGUUCCUUUUGUUCUUUAAGUCCUGUGUCACCCCAGUUCUCCUGUUCUGUCUCUGUAAACCUUUCAGCCGGGCCUUUAUGGAGUGUUGCUGCUGCUGCUGUGAUGAAUGCAUCCAGAAGUCUUCUACGGUGACGAGUGAUGACAAUGACAACGAAUACACCACAGAGCUGGAGCUCUCCCCAUUCAGUACCAUCCGUCGCGAAAUGUCGACUUUUGCUUCCGUGGGGACUCACUGUUAAUUGACCUUAGGACUUUAUUUCCUGCAUCUUUUUCCUUUUUUUUACUUCAUAUUUUUCUUCUUGAAGAAAAAUGCAGGAAAAAAAAAUCACUGUUAAAAACUACUCUUCAAACCAAUCUGUAUUAACAGUCAUGCUUUGGAAAAUAAUUUCUUUGGUUAUUAAAAGGAAAGAAAGAGAGAGAGAAGAGCCAGCACUCAGUUUUACAUCAUGAGAUUUUGUGUGGUGCUAGGAUUUCAUUGGUUGAGGAGGAUUAUCCAUAUCAAUCUGCUUUUAUUUAAUUCUGUAGUAUUUUUUUGAUAAUCACUGUAAAAUGUUUAUAUAGACAUUGUGGGCUUUGCAAGGUGUUUUCAUGUAAAAGAUGUGGUGGAAAGUAUUUGAAGGUAGUUUUAAUCAAAUUACUGUACACUAUUUUGAGAGGACUUGGGCUUCAGAGAAUUUAUAAAGUAGCAUAAAAAUAAAUGAGGUUUUAUUCUUUAACUUGAUUGUCAAUCUACAUUUAACAAAGACACCUAUGAGUAGUAUUAAAUUCCUUUAAUAAGUAAAAAAAAAAAACCUUUGCAUAUCAUAAUUUAGGUGGCCAUAUUUAAUUAACAUUUGAGUACUUACACUUGAAGGAUAUAAUUAGAGUGUUUAAGAAAGAUGAUUAUAAUGGUAUUAGAUUUAUAGGAGUGGGUUUUUUAAUGUUAUAUUAUGAAGGUUCAAUGUGCCUCAUUGAAAAUUUUCUUCUUAACCUGCAGGUAUAAAAAAAUCUUGAGUUAUUUUGUACUUCUUACAAAGAAACACUCACUUUAGCACUGAAUUUUGUCUCGUGUGAUUUGAAAAUCAAGAUUCUUUCCAGUAUGCUAUUUGUUUUACAUUGAGUUUAUGUCCUCCAUCUCUGUAUAAAUGGCUCCUACUGGCUUCAGUGAGAGUCUCAUUGCAGAGAAAGGCAUUUUUUUUUGCCAGAGGUUUGCUGACAAUAAAUGUGAGGGACUGAAACAUG